GGCACGCCGGCCUGCAGCUUACACGCCGGUUUUCCCCGAUGCUUGCAGAUUCGCGGGACUUCCCAGGUACUUCGGGCCUCUUAGCAACAAAAUGGUUCAACAAGUUCCAGAAAACAUCAAUUUUCCUGCUGAAGAAGAGAAAAUCUUGCAGUUUUGGUCCAAAUUUAAUUGUUUUCAGGAAUGCUUAAAGCAAUCAAAACAUAGGCCAAAAUUUACUUUCUAUGAUGGGCCUCCUUUUGCAACUGGACUGCCUCAUUAUGGACAUAUACUUGCAGGGACAAUUAAAGAUAUAGUUACAAGAUAUGCUCACCAGAGCGGCUUUCACGUUGACAGAAGAUUUGGAUGGGAUUGUCAUGGGUUACCUGUGGAAUAUGAAAUUGAUAAAACACUGGGAAUCAGAGGACCAGAGGAUGUGGCCAAAAUGGGGAUUGCAGAGUAUAACAGUCAGUGCCGAGCAAUUGUGAUGAGGUAUUCUACUGAGUGGAAGUCUACUGUUACCAGACUUGGCCGAUGGAUUGAUUUUGACAAUGACUACAAAACUCUGUAUCCACAAUUCAUGGAAUCUGUCUGGUGGGUCUUCAAACAACUCUAUGAUAAAGGCCUUGUUUAUAGAGGUGUGAAAGUCAUGCCCUUCUCCACCGCCUGCAACACUCCACUUUCCAACUUCGAAUCACACCAGAAUUAUAAGGAUGUUCAAGAUCCUUCAGUAUUUGUAACUUUCCCUUUGGAAGAAGAUGAAAGUAUAUCUUUAGUUGCUUGGACAACCACUCCCUGGACUCUACCUAGUAACCUUGCCCUCUGUGUUAAUCCAGAUAUGCAGUAUGUAAAGAUUAAAGAUCUUGCCAGAGAAAAAUUACUCAUUUUAAUGGAAGCCAGAUUAUCAGCCCUCUAUAAACUGGAGAGUGACUAUGAGAUCCUUGAAAGAUUUCCUGGUACCUGUCUUAAAGGCAAAAAAUACAGACCCCUGUUUAACUACUUUGUGAAGUGUAAAGAGAAUGGUGCUUUCACUGUGCUUGUUGACAACUAUGUGAGGGAAGAGGAAGGCACAGGCGUUGUACACCAAGCCCCUUAUUUUGGUGCUGAUGACUAUCGGGUCUGUAUGGACUUCAACAUUAUCCAGAAAGACUCACUUCCUGUUUGCCCUGUGGAUGCUUCAGGCUGCUUCACAGCAGAAGUGACACAUUUUGCAGGGCAGUAUGUGAAGGAUGCUGACAAAAAUAUCAUCCGGACCUUAAAGGAACAAGGGCGACUUCUUGUUGCCAGCACUUUCACUCACAGCUACCCUUUCUGCUGGAGGUCAGACACUCCCCUCAUUUACAAAGCAGUACCCAGCUGGUUCGUGCGAGUGGAGCACAUGGUGGACAAGCUGCUGAAGAACAAUGACCUGUGCUACUGGGUCCCAGAGUUUGUACGAGAAAAGCGGUUUGGAAAUUGGCUUAAAGAUGCACGUGACUGGGCAAUUUCUAGAAACAGAUACUGGGGCACACCUAUCCCACUGUGGGUCAGUGAUGACUUUGAGGAGGUAGUAUGCAUUGGGUCAGUGGCAGAACUUGAAGAACUGUCAGGAGCAAAGAUAGCAGAUCUCCACAGAGAAAGCAUUGACCACCUGACCAUUCCUUCACGCUGUGGGAAGGGAUCGUUGCGCCGUGUCUCUGAAGUAUUCGACUGUUGGUUCGAGAGUGGCAGCAUGCCUUAUGCUCAAGUUCAUUAUCCAUUUGAAAACAAGAAGGAGUUUGAGGAUGCUUUUCCUGCAGACUUCAUUGCCGAAGGGAUUGACCAAACCAGAGGAUGGUUUUAUACCCUGCUGGUGCUAGCCACAGCUCUCUUUGGACAACCACCUUUCAAGAACGUGAUUGUGAAUGGGCUCGUCCUGGCAAGUGAUGGUCAGAAAAUGAGCAAACGAAAAAAGAAUUAUCCAGAUCCAGUUUCAAUCAUCCAUCAGUAUGGUGCUGAUUCCCUCAGAUUAUACCUGAUUAACUCCCCUGUAGUGAGAGCAGAAAACCUCCGCUUUAAGGAGGAGGGUGUACGGGACGUCCUUAAAGAUGUGUUGCUCCCAUGGUACAAUGCAUAUCGCUUCUUCAUCCAGAAUGUCCUGAGGCUCCAGAAGGAGGAAGAAAUAGAAUUCCUUUAUAAUGAAAACACCGUUAGAGAAAGCCCCAACAUUACAGACCGGUGGAUCCUGUCCUUUAUGCAGUCACUGGUUGGAUUCUUUGAGACUGAAAUGGCAGCUUAUAGGCUUUAUACUGUGGUGCCUCGCCUGGUCAAGUUUGUAGAUGUUCUGACUAAUUGGUAUGUUAGAAUGAACCGCAGAAGAUUAAAGGGUGAAAAUGGGGUGGAAGAUUGCAUUAUGGCCCUGGAGACCUUGUUUAGUGUUCUGCUUUCUCUUUGCAGACUUAUGGCCCCCUACACACCUUUUCUCACUGAAUUGAUGUAUCAGAAUCUAAAGGUGCUGAUUGACCCUGUUUGUAUUCAGGACAAGGACACACUUAGCAUCCACUACCUCAUGCUGCCCCAUGUUCGAGAAGAAUUGAUUGACAAGAAAACUGAGAGUGCAGUAUCUAGGAUGCAGUCUGUGAUUGAACUUGGGCGAGUGAUCCGAGACCGUAAAACUAUUCCAAUAAAGUAUCCUUUGAAAGAAAUUGUGGUUAUCCAUCAAGAUCCAGAAGCUCUUAAAGAUAUCAAGUCUUUGGAGAAGUAUAUCAUUGAGGAAUUGAAUGUUCGAAAAGUUACAUUGUCUACAGAUAAAAACAAAUAUGGCAUUCGGCUAAGGGCAGAACCGGAUCACAUGGUCCUAGGGAAGCGUCUGAAGGGAGCUUUUAAAACGGUAAUGACAUCCAUCAAGCAGUUGAACAAUGAGGAGCUGGAGCAGUUCCAAAAAUGUGGGACCAUUGUUGUGGAAGGCCAUGAAUUACACGAAGAAGACAUCCGUCUCAUGUACACCUUUGAUCAGGCCACAGGUGGGACUGCGCAGUUUGAAGCACACUCGGAUGCUCAGGCCCUGGUUCUUUUAGACGUCACCCCUGACCAGUCAAUGGUGGAUGAAGGAAUGGCCCGAGAAGUCAUCAAUCGGAUCCAGAAACUUCGCAAAAAGUGCAAUCUGGUUCCAACUGAUGAAAUAACAGUUUAUUAUAAAGCAACAUCUGAAGGAAGGUAUCUGAAUAAUGUUAUAGAAAGCCACACCGAGUUCAUAUUUGCCACCAUAAAGGCUCCCUUGAAACCAUAUCCAGUUUCUACAUCAGAUAAUAUACUUAUUCAAGAAAAAACACAGUUAAAGGGGUCUGAACUCGAAAUUACACUCACCAAAGGAUCAUCCCUGCCUAGUCCUGCUUGUGCAUAUGUCAAUCUUAACAUUUGUGCAAAUGGCAGUGAACAAGGUGGGGUAUUGCUUCUGGAAAAUCCAAAAGGUGAUAAUAGGUUGGACCUUUUAAAGCUGAAAAAUGUUGUUACUAGCAUUUUUGGUGUUAAAAAUAUGGAGGUGACUGUCUUCCAUGAUAAAACAGAAAUACAGAACCAAACUGACUUACUGAGUCUUAGUGGAAAAACACUCUGUGUGACUACAGGAUCAGCUCCUUCUCUGAUCAGCAGUCCUAGUACUCUUCUCUGUCAAUACAUCAACCUGCAGCUCCUGAACGCUGAGCCACAAGAGUGCUUAAUGGGAACCGUGGGCACUCUCCUGCUUGAAAACCCACUUGGGCAGAAUGGGCUCACCCACCAAGGUCUUCUGUAUGAAGCAGCCAAGGUAUUUGGCCUUCGGAGCAGGAGGCUAAAACUGUUUCUGAACGAGACCCAAACACAAGAAAUUACAGAAGACAUCCCCAUGAAGACUUUGAAUAUGAAGACUGUGUAUGUUUCUGUAUUACCAACAACGGCAGACUCCUAACAUUCAGUUAUCAAUGUUGUUCAGUCAGCCUUUCCCUAACCUGCACCUAUCCCCUGCAUAUACAUACACAUUUGUGGACACAUUGAAGAUAUUCCUUCAGGUGAUGAUUUGGGUCCUCAAGCCAGAUGCCAAGGUAAAAUUAGACAUAUAAGAAUUUAUUGGAGGAAACAUAAAGGAAGGAUAGGGGGGUUAAGUAGGUAUGGGUAGAGAGAACCUUCAGACUGCCAAUAUAAGCCUGACACCUGUGAAAAGAGAAAAGAAAGUAAGACUGACUAGAAAAUGCCUAGACUGCAAUGCAGCUCUGACACAGUCUUGGUCAAGCCCAUGUAGAGUCCCUAGGCAAGGAUUACUUUUAGUGGAGUUUAAAAUUAGGCAGAAAUGACCUAGCUUUUUGCCCCUGCCUUGCUCAUUUAGUGUCUGAGAGCAGGCCAGUGGUUAUGGCUUUGGCACAAAUGCCUUGAUGGAUCAGAAAGUACCAACUACACUCCUCACAUCAGAUUCUUGUGAAGGGAGAUCUGAAUGAUGUGUCUGUAUGGCUGCUACAACAGAUGCAUUCAAACAAAAACCCACAAAGCUAGAGAAAAUAGAAGAAACAAGAGCCAGAACUGGGGAAUUGGAAAGCAGAUGGAUGGGUGUUACCUAAUUUUCUAGACCCAAGAAAGCCCAAUUCUAAACUAGCAAUGGAGAAACUAAUAAAUUUAUUUAUAAUUCAGAAUUCUCAGUACCAGUUACCUCUGGGACAGGGUAAAAGAGGCACAGAAAUAGAGAAGAUUGGAUGGAGAGUGGAAAGCCUUGGGCUUGUCCUCAUUGCCACAUUGCUGGGCAACUCUUUAUCCCACCACAGUUGGCAUUUGGAGGUUUAUUCUUUAGAAAGGGUAAUAGAGUGACUAUUGGUUGAUGGCAAUCAGAGUGAAUAGAAGACAAGGGUACUUGCAAGUCUGGAGGCUUCCCAAAACCAACCCUCAGGUUAGAAGAUUUGCUAGGACUCACAGAACUCAACGAAAGCUAUUGUAUUCAUGGUUAUAAUUGAUCGCAGGGAAAUAUUACAGAUCAAAAUCAGCCAAAGAAAGAUGCAGAUAGCAGACUUCAACACAGGUCUGUUCUGUCCCCCUAGAAUCACAGAACGUUACCAGCGUUAAUGUGUGACAGUAUGUACAAAGUACUGCCAACCGAAGACUCUCACUCGAGCGUUGGAAUCCAGAGGUUUUUUUACUGGACUUCAUGUAGUGUCUAGGGCAACUGAUAGUGCAUGACCACAAACGUCCACCCAAGUCACGUUCUUGGUCUUUCUGAUGUGAUCGCCCCCUACCCUAAGACUGUAUGGGUUUGUCCAACCCCAGCCAUAGACCACAUUGUUAAGGCCAUCCAGUAUGACCCAGGGUCCCCAAGCAAAGACACACUUAUCUAGUAUAACAUUCAAAGAGCAGAGCCAAAUUUCUUUCUACCCAGCAUUAUACUGGAAACAAAAUUAAGUGGCUUUAUAUAUACUAUCCACCAUACCAAAUAAGAAAAAUGUAAACAUAUUGAUACCAGAGAUUACAAAAAAUAUGCCUCACCAUGAACAAUUAAGUUCAAAGUUAACAAGUCUUGCCCAUUAUCUUUUGUCAGUUAGUGUUUUAGCCCCCAACUAUUACUCAUGAGACUUUAUCUAGAAGAAAGCAUCCAAAAGAGAAAAGCAACUUAGAGGAAUCAAAUGCAAUGAGAACAAAACUUCCCCCGCCAACUCUGUUAUGAAUAUCCUUGGCGAUGUAAGGUAAGACUACAUCUAGAAAAUUAAGAGCAGAAUGCUACAAGGCAUAGAACUUUCAGAGAAGAAAAAAAAUUUUCCUGUUAAUUUAAAACAUAAUAACAGAAAUGAAAAAUAGUCCCUGGAAAAAUAGAGUGAGGAAAUUUUCCAAAUGUUAAGCAGAUUAAAGGUAAAGAUAUAAGAUGGCAGAAAAGAGAGCCUAUAUGAAAAUUAGAGUCCAAGAGGUCCAAAAUCCAAAUUGUAGGAGUUCCAGGAAGAGUAAAAGUAAGGUCAGGAAAUAAUAAACAU